AUGGCGCUUUUAUUUCUUAAACAAAGGCUUUUUCCGACUAAAGGAAAACAACGCCGAUCAGAUACCUAUGGCAAGCCUCUUUUAUCAGCAAGUGAUUCCGACACUCUGGGUAGCGAUGCGGACCAAGACCUCGAAGCUCAAAGAUCCUAUCGUACCUUCCACACAUCUCGACCCGACUCCGACUCUGUUUCAUCAAGUUCCUCUACUCCCCGAUCACGCAUCAACCCGCGCAUCGUCUCGGAUGCCAUCCUGGGUCUAUCCGAUGGCCUCACUGUCCCCUUUGCGCUGAGUGCUGGUCUCUCUGCGCUGGGAAAUACUAAGGUCGUCGUACUGGGUGGACUUGCCGAGCUGGCAGCCGGUGCCAUCUCCAUGGGUUUGGGUGGAUACGUCGGGGCCAAGAGUGAAGCAGAGUCGUAUCAAGCGACUGUCCGCGAAACAAAAGAGUUGAUUGAGACUUCCUCUGUCGAGACCAGCACCAUCGUCCACGAUACAUUCUCCGCUUACGGUCUACCGGAAGCCGCCAUCUCGCAGAUCAACGCGUCGUUGCAUGCGUCGCACGAUCGUCUCCUUGACUUCCUCAUCUCGUUCCAUCACAAGGAAUCCCAGCCUGAUUGCAACCAGGCUUGGAUCUCAGCCAUCACACUCGCUCUGGGGUAUUUCGUUGGAGGGUUCAUCCCGCUCAUACCCUACUUCAUGGUCGACCAGGUUAUCGUGGCGCUGUACUGGAGUAUUGGCGUCAUGGCUGUAACGCUGCUUGCGUUUGGGUACAUCAAAACCUGUGUCGUUCGGGGAUGGAGCGGUAGGGACAACAUCAUUGCGGGUAUCAAGGGUGGCGUGCAGAUGUGCUUUGUUGGAGGCGUAGCGGCCGGUGCUGCUAUUGCGCUUGUGCGAUUGAUCGACCAUGGUUCUGCUUGA